UCCGACCACCCCCAUCACUCACCUCUCUCACUCCCGCCCCACCCCCACCGCACCCUUCACCCCUCUCUCUCUCUCUCUCUCUCUCCUCGUAUUUGUCUCGGCAUGCAUUGAAUUUUACUUUGUUUUAGUAUUCUAUUUUUUAAUAUAUUUCUUUUCAGCUCCACACCCAUGUGCACUUGUCCCUGUUUUUUUUCUUGUGCUGCCGAGGAAGAACUGAAUAAAGAAGCACAGAGGAGAUACCAUAAAAAGCAGAGAGAUCUUUCAUUUCUAACAGCACCGAAGAGAUGACUAAAGUUGAAGACUUUAAGCUACUCAAGAUCCAGACUUUUGUUCUCAAAGUGAGCAUACACUGUGAUGGCUGUAAGCAGAAAGUGAAGAAACUCCUUCAGAGAAUUGAAGGUGUGUACACUGUAAACAUAGAUGCAGAUCAGCAGAAAGUCACGGUUUCAGGUAAUGUAGACUCUGCAACUUUGAUUAAGAAACUGGUGAGAACUGGUAAACACGCUGAGCUUUGGUCCCAGAAAAGCAGCCAAAACCAAAACCAAAAACCCAAUUGCUUCAAAGAUGUCAAAAACAACAAAGUUCAAAAUCAGGGUCCGAUCAAGGGCCUCGAAGCUUUCAGAAACCAGCAGAAAUUUCCCACAUUUUGCCCUGGAGAGGAAGAAGACUACUCUGAUGAUGAUGAAGAAUACGAUGACGAGGAAGAGCUGAGGUUCCUCCGGGAGAGAGCAAACCAGCUAGGUCUUCUCAGACAACAAGCAAUCGAUGCAAACAAUGCAAAAAAAGGUCUUGGAGCCAUUCCAGCAGGACCCAACAUCAUUGAUAAACUGAACUCUGGAAAGAAGGGAAACCCAAGUCAGAAUAUGGGAAUUAAAGUUAACCCAGGUGGGAUUGGGAUUGAUCAGAAGACAAUGGCGGCCCUCAAAAUGAACAAUGCCCAUUUGGUUGGGGGAAAUCCCAAUCCUGGGGAAGUUAAAAGGGGAAAUGACAUGAAUUCUAUGAUGAGUCUUUCAUCCUUCCCCGGAAAUGGUGCUCUAGGAAGCAAUUCCAAUGCGUUGGGGGGGUUCCAAUUCCAGCCAAACAGUGGAUUUCAGAGUUGCCCUGCAGGGUUGACUCCAAACAGGGGAUUUGCAACGGGUCACCACCCAUCAUCAAUGAUGAUGAACAUGAAUGGGAUGCAGGGCAGACAAGCAUUGCAGCAGCCACAGAUGUUGUAUGAGAGGUCUCCUUUCGUUCCCCCUACCACAGGCUAUUAUUACAAUUACUUGCCAGCAAUUCCUCAAACCUACAGUGAUCCUAAUUGCAUUAAUAGUGGCGACAGCUCUGCGGCUGAUAUGUUUAGCGACGACAACACAAGUAGCUGCUCAAUAAUGUAAUGGAUUGGGAUUGGGGGGAUUUGGACAGUGUUUGUUUGUUAGUUGCAAAGGGACGGGUUGUUUCCUGGUGGAUCUGAUCAGUUCGUGUGUAGUUGUUUCAGAAGAUGUUUCUUUUUCUUUUCUAUCUUUUUUAAGUUGCUUUUUAGUAUUCUAUUUGCAUUAUUAUUAUAAUUAUUAUUAUUGUUAUUA